GGCCGUCCAAACCCUUGUAAGUGAUCGCUGUCGUUGCCAUGGAGUCUCUGGCUCUUGCACCAUAAAAACUUGUUGGAAAACUGUGCCGAACUUUGAAAAAAUUGGAGAUUAUUUAAAAGCUAGGUACGCGAAUGCCGUACAAGUGGUUUACAACAGACGAAAGCGACGCAUAAGGCGAAAGGAGCAGAAGCGAAUCAAAAUCGCUAGAGAUACGUUGGUCUAUAUCGACCGGUCACCAAACUAUUGUAAUCCUAACCCGACUCUGGGGAUCCUAGGCACGUCUGGCCGGGUGUGUAACAAGACGUCCUCAGGAGGAGACCGAUGUGAUAUGCUGUGCUGUGGUGGGGGGUACAACACUCAGGAAGUACGGGAAGUCAAACGGUGCAACUGCAAGUUUGUAUGGUGUUGUCGUGUGACAUGUGAAAAGUGUCCUCUGAUUUAUGACCGGCACACGUGCAAGUAACUUUCAUGAUUUCACCCUCUUAGUGGCAAUAUUCUUCUCCGUGGAGGUCAACGUUAUAAUAAGUUAUUUAUUAAUGAAAAACAAUUAAGUACUGAUAUGAACUGACACGGAGGCUAAAAGCCAGCAUUCGUCCUUAUUCUUAAAACUUCCCUACAUCCUGUUUAAAACAAAAGAAAGAAUUUGAGAAUGUCAAUGAAUGCCAACAAAGACAUGCUUUGAGUCGAAACUUUACUCAACAACUGUGUAUCUCGUAAUCCAGCUGUGCGUCAACAUUUUAUAACGUAACUUCUCAGUCUCUGUAAUCUGCAUAGACACAAACUAAACUAAAAAGAGAAAAGUAUUACAGUGAACUAACGUCAUUGCUGUGUUCUUGAAAUACAGCGUCUUGUUAAAAUCGACAUUUUCAGUUUUUAGGCGAUAAAUAUCAAUCAGGUGAUAGCAUAACAUUUGACGUGUGGUGAAGAUUAUUUAAAUUCAGUAGCACAUAAAUGGCACGAAUUUUAGGAUUUUGCAGGAUACAUGGCUCCUUUAAUGUCUGUCACUUUACUAUAAUGUGUACGGGGACACAUUCUCUUUUUAUUCGUCCUCUCUUCUUCGUUCCGCUUGCAGUUUACAAAAUGACAUGGUGUUUCAACUGAUGUACGGUUAAGCCAACUAUCUUCUAAUUCGAGACGAUGUUUUUUUUUUGUUCAAAACAUUGUCAAGUUGAAGAUAUCAAUUUCAACUCACUUUCCUCCCAUUUUCGGGUUAUGAAGGCAAUGAUCGAUAAUUUAUGAUGUAAAGUUAAAUUGAAUUUUCGUCACAUAUAGAAAACCUUGAAGUUCUUGCUUGUUUUAAUUUGUUCAAAUUGGCUGCUUUACCAUUAAUUCUUAUUAAAAAUUAUACUUUUUUCUGUUUUCAUUUUGUCAGCUAUUUUGUCUAAUAAAGCGAUUUAAAUUUGGAAAUGUGCCGUUUCAUUUUAAUGUUCAGGAUACUGACUGAGGAUUU